CCCGCCCGGAGCCCAGAGCCCGGAGCCCGGAGCCGGAUCGCGGGCUCGGAGAGAAGCCGACCGACCGCCGCCCCCAGCCAGGCGCCAUGCUGCCGCUCCUGCUGGGCCUGCUGGGCCCGGCCGCCUGCUGGGCCCUGGGCCCGGCUCCGGGCUCGACAGAGCUGCGCUCGGCCUUCUCGGCCGCACGCACCACCCCCCUGGAGGGCACGUCAGAGAUGGCGGUGACCUUCGAUAAGGUGUACGUGAACAUCGGGGGCGACUUCGACGCGGCCACCGGUCAGUUCCGCUGCCGCGUGCCCGGCGCCUACUUCUUCUCCUUCACGGCUGGCAAGGCCCCGCACAAGAGCCUGUCGGUGAUGCUGGUGCGCAACCGCGACGAGGUGCAGGCACUGGCCUUCGACGAGCAGCGGCGUCCCGCCGCGCGGCACGCCGCCAGCCAGAGCGCCAUGCUGCAGCUCGACUACGGCGACACGGUGUGGCUGCGGCUGCACGGCGCCCAGCAGUACGCGCUCGGGGCACCCGGUGCCACCUUCAGCGGUUACCUGGUGUACGCCGACGCCGACGCGCCUGCGCGCGGGCUGCCCGCGCCCCCGGAGCCGCGCUCGGCCUUCUCGGCGGCGCGCACGCGCAGCCUGGUGGGCUCGGACGCGGGCCCGGGGCCGCAGCACCGGCCCCUCGCCUUCGACACUGAGCUCGUCAACAUCGGCGGCGACUUCGACGCGGCGGCUGGCGUGUUCCGCUGCCGCCUGCCCGGCGCCUACUUCUUCUCCUUCACGCUGGGCAAGCUGCCGCGCAAGACGCUGUCGGUGAAGCUGAUGAAGAACCGCGACGAGGUGCAGGCCAUGAUUUACGACGACGGCGCGUCGCGGCGUCGCGAGAUGCAGAGCCAGAGCGUGAUGCUGGCGCUGCGGCGCGGCGACGCCGUCUGGUUGCUCAGCCACGACCACGACGGCUACGGCGCCUACAGCAACCAUGGCAAGUACAUCACCUUCUCCGGCUUCCUGGUGUACCCCGACCUCAUCCCCGCCGGCCCUCCCGGCCUCGGGCCUCCAGAGCUCUGAGCCACGAACCGGAGAGGAGCCCCGGGCGGCCCGGGGCGUGCAUGCCAAGCCGGG